AUGGCCCAAAAUAGGCAGAGCCUUCGACUUGAACAAAUAAGUGCGAUUCUUGAAGAUGAAGAAGAAGCUUUCGAUGAGACUGACAAUGAGUUGGGCCUAGAAGGAGACGCAGAUACAUUUUGGGAGCCAGAGCAUGAAUCGAACUCAGAAUUAAGUGAUACUGAAGAACCAUCCACACCAACCUCAUCCCAAUCACAAUACGAUUUAUCUACGUAUUAUUUGGAUAGAGAUAAGAGCACAAAAUGUAACAAAACUAUUCCCAGCCAAAGAGUAAGACAAAGAUCUUAUAAUCAUUUGUCAGGCUCAAAAGGAGCAGCAAGAGAUGCGAAAAGUAAGACUGAUAGUUUUUUGUUAUUUUUUGAUGAAAGUAUUAUAGAAUUGGUAAUGAAACAUACAAUGAUGAUACACGAAAAGGCGACAGGAAAACGACUGCAAAGUGUAAUAAGUGCAACAAUUUUAUCUGUGGCGAUCAUACAAAGAAAAUUUGUGAUAAUUGUUGAAUUGUAA